AGCCCACCUUAGGGACGGGGCGGGGCGCCCAGCUGGCGUCACCAGGACAACGGGCGUUGCCGGCGCCUUGUGACUCUGGGCUGUGGGCGCGCUCGCGGCUCUACGGCCAUGGUUUUCUCAAAUAAUGAUGAAGGCCUUAUUAACAAAAAGUUACCCAAAGAACUCCUUUUGAGAAUAUUUUCCUUCUUGGAUAUAGUAACUUUGUGCCGAUGUGCACAGAUUUCCAAGGCUUGGAACAUCUUAGCCCUGGAUGGAAGCAACUGGCAAAGAAUAGACCUUUUUAACUUUCAGACAGAUGUGGAGGGUCGCGUGGUGGAAAACAUCUCCAAGCGCUGCGGCGGGUUCCUGAGGAAGCUCAGCUUGCGCGGCUGCAUUGGCGUCGGGGAUUCCUCCCUGAAGACCUUUGCGCAGAACUGCCGAAACAUUGAACACUUAAACCUGAACGGGUGCACAAAAAUCACUGACAGCACGUGUUACAGCCUUAGCAGGUUCUGUUCCAAGCUGAAACAUCUGGAUCUGACCUCCUGCGUGUCCAUUACCAACAGCUCCUUAAAGGGGAUCAGCGAGGGCUGCCGGAGCCUGGAGUACCUGAACCUGUCGUGGUGCGAUCAGAUCACCAAGGACGGCAUCGAGGCCCUGGUGCGAGGCUGUCGCGGCCUGAAAGCUCUGCUCCUGAGGGGCUGCACCCAGUUAGAAGAUGAAGCUCUGAAACACAUUCAGAACUACUGCCAUGAGCUUGUGAGCCUCAACUUACAGUCCUGCUCACGCGUGACGGACGAAGGCGUGGUGCAGAUAUGCAGAGGCUGCCCCCGGCUGCAGGCCCUCUGCCUCUCGGGCUGCGGCAACCUCACCGACGCCUCCCUCACCGCCCUGGCUUUGAACUGCCCGAGACUCCAGAUUUUGGAGGCUGCCCGAUGUUCCCACUUGACUGACGCAGGUUUUACGCUUUUAGCUCGGAAUUGUCAUGACCUGGAGAAGAUGGAUCUGGAAGAAUGUAUCCUGAUAACCGACAGCACGCUCAGCCAGCUCUCCAUCCACUGCCCCAGGCUGCAAGCCCUGAGCCUGUCCCACUGCGAGCUCAUCACAGACGACGGGAUCCUGCACCUGAGCAACAGCGCCUGCGGCCACGAGAGGCUGCGCGUGCUGGAGUUGGACAACUGCCUCCUCAUCACUGACGUGGCCCUGGAGCACCUGGAGCACUGCCGCGGCCUGGAGCGCCUGGAGCUGUACGACUGCCAGCAGGUCACCCGCGCGGGCAUCAAGCGGAUGCGGGCUCAGCUCCCUCACGUCAAAGUCCACGCCUACUUUGCGCCGGUCACCCCGCCCAGUGCGGUGGGAGGCGGCGGACAGCGGCUGUGCAGGUGCUGUGUCAUCCUCUGACCCAGCGCGCCACGAGGUGUCCCUUCCUGCAGGGAAGACCAGAGUCUUUCUGACCGACUCCACCAUCACCCAGACCUGUUGAUUUUCCAGUGGGAAAGGCGUUUACAGGUAAAAGACUUCCGUAGGGAUGGCAGGAACUCUGGUGACAGUUCCCUUCCUCAUUCUGCUAUGAUGCAAUCAGCUCAAAGCCUCACAUCAGUUAACCCGUGGCAAGAGCGGUCUCAGCGCAGCCAGGACCAUGCAAGAAACCCGGAUCUCUUAAGAGGUAGGUGCCGCCUUCCUAGGGAUAAAUUCCUGCCCUCGGCUUUGUCAGUGUUCCUCAGCAGACCAUCAGUGUUGGCGCAAACUGAGCAGAAAGAUAAGCUGUUGAUUUUCUACCUGAUACUCAAAGCCAGGGGCCUACUUUUAUUCACAAUGAUUCCACUUUGAUUAGAAGGACCUUUCCAGUUUGAAGAUCAAACAGCAACUUUAUCAAAGUGACUGUACUGUAAAUUCAUAAUGCCUGACAGUUUUCUAUGUAGAGACUUAAGUGGAAGGCAAGUUAAUAGGUUUCCAUGAGACACCAAAGAAAUGAGGACUCCAGAGUGGGUGGAGCUGGGUCUUCACCUUUCUGUUUCUGUCAACUUGUAGACACGUCUGGGGGCCAAAAACACAAACUAAACAAAAGCAACUCAGAGUCUGUGUUGCCUGGUUGGAAAUUACAAGCUCUGGCAUAUGCUACAGCACAUAGUGUGUUUUUGUUCUAGAAAAGCUAAUCAUUGUCAUCUCUCACAAAAUUUGGGGGAUGUUAAAGAAACAGAAUUAAGGCUCAAGUUAUCUACAAUAUAACUGAUUAAAAAUAAUGAAUGGUGCAUGUAGAAUGGGUGUGAUUUUUUCCCCCAAGUUUAUUUUAAAGUCUCGGAAAUCAAGUUACACCAAAAAUUUUACACACUUAAAACUCAGAUCAGUAAAGCGUUGGCACCUUUGAGACUUACAAGAAUGAAUAAACCAUGGCGAUGCUU